GUCACGGCGACGUGUGGACGCGUUCGGGGGCGGGCUCUGAGCGCGGGCCCCGGUGACCCUAGGAACCUCGGGGCGUGGGGUAGGAGGGUGACCCGGAAGUGAGGCCUCUGAUGCCCACCCUGCCAGGACAUUGGGUCCUUGGUUCUCAAGCCCACCGCUUUCAUCCGGAGGAAGGCGGCCAGGUUGCCGCGGCUUUCCGCGGUGUGGAUUUGGGGUGGGGGAUGAGGUUAGCUCGUGGGGGGCCUGUGCAGAGCGAGGGUCCGGGUUUGGGGGUGUUGACACAGUGUCUUCUUAAUCUUGAGCCUACCACGGCAGCCCAGUUCUUGACAUGCCCAGAGUCAUGUCCCAUGUACCCUCAGGAAAUAAUACCUUCUUCCAGCCCUAUAGGACCCCCCCCCCCCAAGAAAAACAUGAUUGUCAUAUGGUAGAACGUGGUAGAAGCCAAUGUGCUUUCAGUCCCACCUCUGACAUUUAACCAUCUGUGUGGUUUUGGGCACAUCACUUUUUUGGCUUCCGUUUCCAUACUUGCAAACUGAGAAUAAAUAAUACAGUUGUAAUAAAUGAUAUUAAACACAAGUCCAUAUAGGUGGCACUGAGUACCAGAGGUCAACUGAGUAUCCACAACCAAACUGUGGCUGCUGUUGGGUUCCAAAAGGCCAAGUUUCUGUGUCCCCCUAGGCCUUACAGUGUGUCAAGUGUUUGAGGGGAUGAGGGUCCGAAGUAGUUAAAGGAUCGAACUGCAGAAAUCCUGUCUGCUUUUAAAAUACUUUUGGCUUAUGGUAAAACAAUUACCAUAUUUGUAAUUUUUAAUAGCUAGGUAUUAUAUUGCUGUUAUUAUUUGCUGUUAUAUGCUGAUUCUACAAUUGUUGUGUAUUAAUAGUUUAGUUUUUGUUCUUCAAGCAUCUCGAGAUCUGAACAAAUAGCUUUGUUUAUUUAUUAGUCACUUUUGUUAAUUCCGUACACACAACAGAAAGAUGAAUAUAAAAAUAAAUAACCAUCUGCUGGGCUGCAUUCUCUUGGAAGCUGCUGCUCUCCCUCACCCCAUCCUCUAGUGUAGCAGUUCUCAAUUUAUGACUACUUUGGUAAUGACUUCUAAAAUUUCCACAAAGAAUAAAUAUGUCCUAAAGGUUGUUCUGUAAAAUCAGUUCUGAUCAACUCAGGAAGCUUGUAAGUAAUUUUAAGGAUAGAUUGGUUAAUUCAGGAUAAUUACUUAAAAAGGAAAAAAUGGGAAAAUGUGAAGACUGCUGAGAAAGCCCCAGCAGAGUGAGCCCAAUGGGUUCUAAGUUUAGGGGGUGAGGGGCAAAAGAAAGAUGAAGUCCACUUUUUUCUCUGCACGUUACUGUGACUGUGGUCUGUAUUCUGUUCUUGUAGAAGAGAAAAAUAAGGCCCAGUGUGGCUAAUGGUUAAUUGAUUUUCCAUGUCCUGGGGCCAGUAAGAAUUAAGAAGUGAUAUUUCAUGGGUCAUAAUCAUUUAGUUUGAUGUGCUGUCUCUGGCCAUCUAAGAAUGGUUAAGUUUUGCUUAGUCUACUUGUUCUCAGAUUAGAUAGUGAAGAAGAAUUAGAAAAAUUUUUUAAGAGUUUUCUAAAUUAUUUUUGGUACCUGAAGGGACAGUUUAAAAAAAUAACUUACAUGUAGAGCGAUUCAUUAGAGCAUCACGGGCAAAUGAUGCGUUAUAUUUAUAUAUGGCCACUUCUCCUUGAACUUCUCCUCAUGCUGUUCUAGCAUUCUAAUUCCUUUGUUUGCUGUUCUAGCAUUCUAAUUUUUUUUGUUACGUUCAUGUGUUUAUCACCGUGAAAGCAAUUUUUAAUUGAUUUCUUUAAAAUAUUUUCUGAGAAAAUAUAUAGACAUUUCAUCUUUAGCUCUGUGUUCUAGUUUACUUCUUUGUUGCUGUCGUAAAAUACUGACCAAAAGCAACUUGGGAGGAAAGGGUUCAUUUUUACUUACAGGUUACAGCCCAUCACUGAGGGAAGCCUAGGCAGAAAUUCAAGGCAGAAACUGAAGCACAAACCACAGAGGGAUGUUAUUUAAUACCUUGCUCUCCUUGGCUAGUUUAGCUUUCUUUCCUAUACGACCUGGACCACCUGCCGAGGGUGGCAAUGCUCACAGUAGGCUGGUUGUGUCUAAUUCAGUCAUUAAUAAUAAUAAAAAAAAAUGCCCCAUAAACAUGCCCAAAGACCAGGCCGAUAGUUCCUCAGUUGAGAUUCCCUCUUCUGUGUGACUAAUUUGUUUGAAAUUGACAAAAACUAACCAACACAAUUGACACCCUGUCAACUUGACACACAGACAUACUACUAUUAAGCCAUAACCAUUCCUUUCUUGUUUAUCCCCAAGAUAUUUUGUUAACAUUGCUAUAUAAAACAUAAUAUAAUUUAAAAACCCCAUCGUUUUUAAAAGUCUAAACACUUUAAAAUACAAGGUUACUUUAAAAUCCAAACAAUUUAUAUACUUUCUUAUUCCAAGAGCACAGAAACAAUCAGAUCAGAAACCAAACUCCAACAGUAUAAAUAACUCAUUGUACUCAGUGUCUGGUAUCUGGGACUCAUUUGUGAUCUGAGCUUCAAAGGGCUUGCAUAGCCAUACCUCUCCAGUUCUGCCAUGGGAAGCUUAUCUUGGGUCAACUCUACACCACACAUACUGCUGUCCCUGGUGGUCAUCCCAUGGUCCUAGCAUCUUCAAUAUGCUGGGAUCUCAAAUGCAUCUGAGGCUGCAUUUUAACCAGUUUCUUUUCAUGUCUUUCAAUCCUGGUGUCUCUGUGUGACUGAGGCUGCACUUUCUCCAGUAACUUCUCCUGGGCUUUCUUUAGGAACUCUGACCCUGACUAAUGAUACCAAGCUUCAGUUUCUAUUCGUGGCCCCUUCAGUUCUGGGGCCUCCACUACAACUGAGGCUGCUCUGUCACCAGUGGCCUCCUGGCCUCUCUUCAGGGACUCCAAUCCUGGUACAUGGUGCCAAGAUUGACCCCUUUACUCCUUCAAAAAGGAAAACUCUAACAAAUUACUAAGUUCAUCUGCCAGCUUAAGAUGUAGUCUUGGUCCCCCUCGACAAUUCCACAUCAGCAGCUGUGGUCUCUUCUUAAUCACAGCUAUUUUUUCAGCCUCAGCUGACCAGCAUCCAUUGUCCCCAUAAAACACAGGUUUUAUUUCAGUGGUUCUGGUCUCCAGCUAGUCACAGCUGACUCUUCAGCCCCAGCUCACCAGAAGCCACAGAUUCUUAUUCAAGUUAGCUUCUCUGAAUCAUAAAUGUCAUCCCACCUCUCACUCCCACCCCCAUCAUUUUGAUACGUUUAUUUAGAAAUCUAUUUUCCUACUUUGCUCAUUUUUACUUACCCUUUUCAACGUUUCACAAAUAUAUUUUUUUCCACAAUGGAGUCAAACGAUAUUCAACUAUUUCUUUGAUAAGUUUUGACUAGUUUCCAGAAUACUGAGAGUCAGAAGGCAUCAUUCCUACAUGUACUUUGUGUUCCUUGCUGAGUAUUUCAUGGAAGAUUUUUUAAUUUUUUUUUUAAGUAGAAUCUGGAUGCUAUUGUUUGAGGUCAAUGAAUUUUGUUUUUCAGGGAUUCAUGUUUAGCAAAACAAAUAAAAGCCUGUGGAAUUCUAUGGUUCCUCUCCAGGGAGACUGAUUUUUAAAAAAACAUUUCCUGAAUGGUCCAGGUGCCAUGAUCUUUAUUUUUUAAAAUCAUUGUCCCCAAGCAUCCAUCCCUCAACACACUUGUUGAUCAAAAUGGAACAUAGUUCUGUGGUUAUAGCUACAUCAGCAGCUCCAUGAAUACCCUUGACAAUUUAAAAAACUUAAGACUACUGAACUUUAAGUAUUUACUUAAACUUCUAUAGAAUUGUGUCUAGAUGAUAAUUAAAAUUAACCAUCACAGAUCCCCAUUUUUACCACACAUUAGCUUUAUUUAUUUAUCAUUUAAGAUGUAGUUAAUAAUUGUAGUUGAUGAAGCACAAAGUUUUUGCUUUAUAAUUUGUCUUAUGUACACUCACCAAUAGCCCAGAAAGCUACAUGACAACUCACUUAAAAUACUGAUACCACCAAAGUGGUUCUCAUUUUAUCAAGUAUUUCCUAAGAAUGGAAGAUCCCUAUCCUUUCAUUCUGGUUUUAAGUUUUACUUCUAAAUAUAGAAACCAUUUUUCUUUUAAUCCCUCAGAAAAGUCGGUCAAGGGACAGAUAAGUGAAAAGCAGUAGCCUAUCAUGUUCAUUGAGAGUACCAAGUCUUUCAUACUUUCCAGGCAUUACUUAGUACUCCAAGGCUUGUAGGCAUUUAGGAUUCAACUAUAAACAGGACAUUUUUUCUUGAGAUUCCAGCCUGUGGAGAGAUAAAUAUUUGAACACAUGAAUGAGUAAAAGAUAAAUGCUAAUUCCCCAUCGAAAGGCUGUGACAGUUACAAACCAAACAGAUCACAGAUGUCUUUGCUGUGACUUCCCAGAGCACAUUCCUCAUUAGCCUGUGUUGGCUUUUCAUGUGAUCUGUGUAUUUGCGCUUCUUCUGGACUGUAAAUAUCCCCGUGUCUUCUCUGCAGUGGGAUGUUGUAGUGACAGAUGUUGCACAACUCAGCAGCCAGAGAUCCAGGGAGAGUGGUGCAGGCUCUCUGGACUACUGUUCCUUUUGAAUUUUAGCUACUAAAUAUUUGUCUCUGUAUUGUGUAUAGAAACAUCAGACAAAAUUUAAUGUAGUUUUUGCAGGUGUCCUGGGAGGUUUCUGAAUUGCUAAUUAAAUAUUGUGAAUAGUUUCAACCUAUCAUUUCAACAUGUACCUAAACUAUAGAAAAGUUCUUGAGCAUAAUGUAUUUUAAUAUGGAAAUCUAAAUCAUAAAUAUUUGAAAGCAAUGUAGAAAACCUUAAAUGUGACCUUUGAUCUUGCAUGAACAACAACAAAAGAGACACAUGAACAUUUCUAUUUAGUUAUGAAAACUUAGCCUCUUGUUGCUGAUGUGUUAAUUCAUCUCUUUAAAUGGGGCCAUUUUGGAGGAAUUCAUGUAUGAAGAGUCACAUUUUUAAAUUGACAUCUUCAGGGCUAAAUGAAAAGAUUCUUGCUCAUGUUCAGAAGUACUUUUAAUUAUUAUUAUCAGCGAAGGGUAGUCUAGACCAAGCUGGGAAUGGGAAUAAAGAAAUACACCACAAAGGACUACUUUCAAAAUAAUGCCUUACCUGCUCUGCAGCUGUUGUUGCAAAACACAUUCAAAGCUUUCAGCAUCUGUGGAAAAGUUGUUGCCGAAGCACCUUAUAAAAGAGAGUUACUGAGUUGAUGGAGACACCUACUAGCGAUGAAACUCAUCCCAGGGGACUCUUUUCAUGUCUCACACAGGAGAGAGGACCUGUCCCACAGUGUGCCAGUGAGAAUCACCUCAGCAGCCGCAAGCAAGACAUCUUAAAUGAAAAGGAGUUGGAGGCAGCACUUAAGGAAGCUGAGUCGGCAUCCUGUUCAGUAGAAUUACUUUUGCCGUUAUUUAAGAACACCGUGGAAGGAAUUAGUUUAGAAAACGUUAAUCUUUCUGCAUCCAAUUUGAAGAGGAUUUUUGAACAGAAGGAAAUAUUAUCAAAAGAAUUAGACACUUUUAACCGUGUGAAAUUAGCCUUAGAACAACUUAUUAAACAGACACACUACAAACAAACAGGAGAGAACUCACCCAGCUUGUUGAAGGACCUCAGUGACAAUGAGAGUGACAAUAGUACUCUUAAGAAGAAGGUACUUGAAAAAGAGGCCUAUAUCCAAGAACUUUUGUGUCUGUUUCAGAAUGAAAAGGAAAGUGCUUUGAAAGCAAACCGGUUUUCUCAGUCAGUCAAAGUCGUACAUGAUCGUCUACACCUCCAAAUUCAGAAAAGGGAAGCUGAGAAUGACAAGCUAAAAGAACAUGUAAAGAGCUUGGAAACCCAAAUAGCCAAGUGGAACUUGCAGGUGAAAUUGAAUAAGCAGGAAGCUGUAGCCAUCAAAGAAGCAAGUAGGCAGAAAGGUGUGGCUCUGAAAAAAGCAUCCAAAGUUUACAGACAACGGCUGAAACACUUCACGGGGGAUAUUGAACACCUCACUUCCCAGAUUAGAGCUCAGGAAGCCAAGUUGUCCGAAACAGUUUCAGCUUCCAAUGCCUGGAAAAGUCAUUAUGAGAAAAUUGUAAUAGAAAAAACUGAACUGGAAGUUCAGAUUGAAACAAUGAAAAAGCAAAUCGUUAAUCUUUUGGAAGAUUUGAAGAAAAUGGAAACUCACGGAAAAAACUCAUGUGAAGAAAUUCUUAGAAAACUUCACUCACUUGAAGAUGAAAAUGAAGCCCUAAAUAUUGAGAAUGUGAACUUAAAGAGUACGCUUGAUGCUUUGAAGGAUGAAGUUGUUUCUGUUGAAAAUGAACUCGUAGAAUUACAAGAAAUAGAGAAACGACAGAAAACUCUCAUUGACGUAUAUAAAACUCAGGUACAAAAGUUGCAAGAAGCAGCUGAAAUGGUAAAAAGCAGAUGUAAAAAUUUGCUACAUGAAAAUAACCUAAUAAUAAAAAACAAAAACAAGAAGUUAGAGAAGAUUGAUGGAAACCAUAGCCUUCUAAACAAGCUUUCUCUUGAGGAGGAGAAUUACCUCAUUCAGUUAAAGUGUGAGAACCUAAAAGAAAAGUUGGAGCAGAUGGAUGCAGAGAAUAAAGAACUUGAGAAGAAGCUGGACGACCAGGAGGAGUAUCUGAAGCACAGUGACCUGGAGCUGAAGGAGAAGGCUGCAGAAUACACAGUGCUGUCCAGGCAGCUGGAAGCCGCUCUGGAGGAAGGGAGACAAAAGGUUUCUGAAGAAGUAGAGAAGAUGUCAUCUAGAGAGAGGGCUUUACAAAUUAAAAUAUUAGAUCUGGAAGCUGAGCUUAGAAAGAAAAACGAAGAACAAAACCAACUUGUUGGCCAAAUGAACAGUAAAGCCCAGCAUCAGGAUAUAUGUUUGAAGGAAAUACAGCACAAUCUUGAGAAGUCGGAGAAUCAGAAUGAGAGCAUUAAGAAUUACUUGCAGUUUCUUCAGAUUUCCUAUGUAACGAUGUUUAGAUAAUUGUUGAAUUUAUUGACCAAUGAUUGUUGCCAGUGUUAGAGUUUGUAUCUCAAGAUAUUUGAGACAUAAUUUAUUAUCUGACUGAAACUUUAAGAGAUGAUAAUUCUUAGUCUUCAUUUGUGGUAGAUAUUUUGCAUUGAACUCUGGUUUCAUUCUUUUUUAAAAAAUAUUAAUUUUUAAAAUAUUUUUCUCUAUGCAAAAAUCAGAAUUAUUCUUAUGAACCAUUGAAGUAAAUUUGUAAUGAAUUUAGGCCAGUUAUGAGCCAAAUACAUGGUUUUAAAUAAUGUAUUUACUUGUUUUAUAUUGUGAUGCCAUAUAAAUAAAAUAUUCAGAAAUGUA